AUGACGUUUCAACACGUCUCGUUAGCAUCCUUUGACUCGACAGAAGAAUGUGCGGUCUUGAUCGUGUAUGAAAAAAAAAUUCUUAGGCCCAAGCAUGUCAGAUUAGAGACUAAACAGAUGCCUUACUUUCCACUCUUAUCAUCAGACGAAACUUUUCAUGCAUAUCUAUCUUCCUCUGGACGUCCAUCUUUUCGGAUUAUGGACGCUUUCGCUCCAGACUUCACGGGUCCAUAUAAGGAUUUUCAGACAAGAGGCAUCACGUACUAA